AUGUAUUUGAAACCCAAGAUCGAAAAUGUUGCAGCUCCAGUAUCAGUAAACACCGGCAAAACAACAAAAUGCAGCGGAGGCAACAGCGAGUGCCCUGACGUCACGCUCGGGCAACACCAGAAAAACAAAACCAAUGGGAUUUCCUCGGACGCAGCCAGAAGUAAAACAAACGCAGAACCAAGCGCACGGAUCUAUACCUCCACUCCGAAGACCUCUUAUCCGAGACUCCAGCAGUACGCGGGCGUUGCUGAACCCACGGCAAAGGGGCGAGUGGGCGUGGUGGCACUAGCCUUCGACCCACGCAUCAAGACUGCGGCCCUUCUCUUUGGCCUACUGAUUAUCGGUUACAAAAGCGUCAUACUAGCCAUGCCGUACAUCAGUGCCGACUCCAUCCAGGUGUGGAGCCACCAGGUGCAGGGUCAGUGGAACGAGACCUUGGCGUGGGCCGACAAGCACCAGCUGAGCGCCAAGCUGAGUCCCCUGUUGUGUGGUCUUCUUGUGUCUGCAUUAGCGUACGGAAUUGUGUACUUGGACAGCGCAGUGCCCGGCGUAAAUCCGCCCUCGCCCUUCUCGCCGCGUUCCAAGAAGCGUUUCCGUGAUGAGAAGUCAGCCUCACUGCACUUGGGCUACUUGUGCGCCCUUUCUUGCGGUGUUUUUGUUGCGCUCUUUAUGUACUUCGACUUGUAUUCGUAGGAGAUAAGCACCGCCACUCACUUACUUCCACUUAGUUAGAUAAGGUCAACAGUAUUAGAGUUUAAUCAGCCUCUAUUAUGGAAUUUGUAUCACUUUCUAUCCGUAUCUUCAGUCCUUGUAACUGUGCAAUGGUCCAGCAGAGAAGCUACCACCAAUGGGGGGCAUUGUUUUGAAGCUAACUUAGUUCCUAGUUAUAAAUUACGUAAGUUACAUACUAAAACCCUAACUUAUUCAGUUGAUUUCUCACCAACAGCUAAGUAAAUAGUACAAAAUGAAACAUAUUUCAAUGCAGAUUUCGCAGGCCAGGCUAGAAAAGUUAACAUACAUAUAUUGUCGCCAGGCCAUGGGAAUCGCGAGAAAACUAUAUAUAGCAAUGAAUAGCUACAAAAUAAAUCACUUAUGCACA